AUGUAUAGUAUUUAUCGUGUUCUUCUAUUAAUUGCUUAUUUGGGAAUUUUAAUUCGUUGCCAAGGGGGCGGUGGUGGUGGCGGCGGUGGCGGCGGCGGCGGAGGAGGAGGAGGAGGAGGAGGAGGAGGUGGUUUUGGUGGUGGAUACUAUGGGGGUGGUGGAACAGCCUGUACGACAGAUGAAUGUCGACGUAGAAGUGGCAUCAUUAUAGGAAGCAUUAUCGGUGGCCUCGUUGGAUUAUCGUUGCUAAUUUGUAGUAUUGUGCUUUGCUAUAAACAUGGUAAAUGUCGUAAUCCCUGUGCAGGUCGACCAUUUCGAAACAAUUCAAUCUUCGUCAAAUUACCAAACUUACGAAAUCGUAAACAACAAGGAUAUGGCAUCAGUCCUUUUCAAUCAGGUAUCUGGUCGAGUCGAUAUUUUCAAUAUGGAAGAUGGCAUGGACCUUGCCAAUUUUCGCUUUCAUUUGAUCAACAAUCAAUGAAAGUAGCAGGCAGUGGGACAGAUGAUGUCGGUACAUUUACUAUUGAUGGAAUUUAUUCAUCUAAAACACAUCGAAUUGGUCUAACUAAAACUUAUCAACGAGGUACUGGCAAUCCAUCAGAAAACUUAGGUCAUCGAGUUAUUAUUCAAUUGACAUGGAAUGCACAAAAUAAUCAAUUUAAAGGCAAAUGGUAUGUACAAACAAAUAGAUAUCAUGGCGAAGCUAAAUUUGAACUUGUGUUCAACGGUGAACAACAACCUCCCGCAUAUAACAGUGUAUAA